AAAACGAAUGCAGAGAUUUAGCUUUUCAGGGUGGUACACACCCUGUAACAACUUCGAUCCACAGCCACCAUUAGAGCUCGUCACGUUUCUCAGCUACUCGAGGAGAAGAAGCAGACCAACCAUCUACCAUGAACCCCAGUCUAACCACAAGCCAGCAGAGAACAAUCUGCUCCAACCUGGGACAUGUCAGACUACAGCUGCUCUACAAGGCCAGCAUCCACGGAUUCACCGGCGCUGCCUUCCACCAACGAUGUGACACCUACAGUCCCACAGUGUCUGUGGGCUAUAACUCCUCUGGUUAUGUGUUUGGAGGUUACACCAAACAACCUUUCAGCCAGUCUGGUCAGGAUGUGGCUGAUGACCAGGCCUUCCUUUUCACCUUUAGUGGAGAGAAGCUGCUCAAAUAUCCAACAACCGAUCCAGCACAUGCAGUGAAAAUGAUAGCUAACUCUGGUCCAUAUUUUGGAGAAGCAUUGGUUCUUGUCAAUGAAAGCCAGAAAGUAGUCCACAACAGUCCAGGAAAAGGCUACAACUUUGAUGCUGCACAAAUGCAUGGCAACGAUCUCAACCUGACCGAGUGUGAAGUCUAUCAAGUUGAGGAACCCACAGAACUUGAGAGGCCAUGGAGGACUAUAAGCUGGGAAUCUGAGAAGAGACAAGAGCUGAUGGAGAGUAUUAAGAGCUACAAACCCACAGUCUCAUCAGUGUCCCAGGCUCGUGUCCUGCUCAUUGGACCAAUUGGAGCUGGAAAGUCCAGCUUCUUCAACUCCAUCAACUCUGUAUUCAGAGGCCACGUCACCAGCCAGGCCAUCGCUGGCAGCUCUGCCACCAGCCUCACCACACAGUUUCGCAGCUACUCAGUAAAAGCUGGACGAGAAGGAAAAUCUCUGCCAAUCAUCUUGUGUGAUACCAUGGGAUUGGAGGAAAGCACGGGGGCGGGGCUUCAUGAUGACGAUAUCGUCAGCAUCAUCAAAGGUCAUCUGCCAGACCGUUACCAGUUCAACCCCUCUGCGCCUCUGCAUUCGGAGUCCCACGGCUACCGUGAGUCUGCGGGGCUGGGGGACAAGAUCCACUGUGUGGCCUAUGUUGUUGAUGCCUGCAAGGUCCCCAUCAUGCCCACAAAGCUGGAGGAGAAGCUGGACGCUGUCCGCAGAAAGGUCAACUCAAUGGGGAUUCCUCAGUUGGUUCUGAUGACUAAAGUGGAUGAAGCCUGUCCAUUAGUUUCACAAGACAUCAGGAAUGUUUAUAAAAGUCAAUACAUCAAGCAAAUGAUGCAGGAGGUCAGCACUCGGCUCGGUGUGCCUCUGUCCUGUGUUGUUCCUGUGAAGAACUACAGCGAGGAGCUGGACCUGGACCCAGACUGUGACAUCCUGUUGCUCAUCGCCAUCAUUCAGAUGCUUCGCUUCGCUGAUAAUUACUUCGAUGACAUCAGUGAGCAAUUCAGCAACAUUAAGAUCAAGGAAAAGUAGAACAGAACAGAUGAUUAUUAUCUUGCCCGGUUGUAAUGAAAUGUCUUACAAAAUGACCCACCGUCCAGCAGGUGAGCUGGUCCAGGUUAGAUCAUCUGUAGUAUAAUCCUGAGCAAUGCAGCCCAAACUAUCCCUCAGAAAGCUGUGCUGCUUUUAUGUUAGUUUAUCAGACUGAGAAGAGCAGGAAAACCUUUAUUAUUCUGUGCAUGAAUUAUUCCAAGAUGGCCGUUUCUCGCCUUUCAACCAGAUAACUGCUUAAGUUAGAUAGCAUAACAAUCAUCAUGUUCCACAUUUGUGCCAGUUGGCCCACAGUUAAAACCUUUUAAAUUAGCAGAAUCAGUUGUAGUGGUUAUAAUACUGGAUUUCAUUUAGAUGUAACUGCAACUCAUGGGAUAUUUUUGGGAUCUUUCAGGUUUUCCUGCUGCUAUUUUGACAUUUCUAGAGUCCUUUUUGCCAAGUAUAAGACAAUGUAGUUAUCAAAAAAAAAAGAACACUGUGCUACAAAAUUACUUGGUUACAUUCAUCAUAUGAGGUGUUAGUCCUUUAGUUUUAUCUGUCUAAAAAAUGUAGUUUGUUGUCUGCAAUUUAUUCUUAUGAUCACUGUUGUUACAUUGUUGAGUGGUUUAGAAGGACAUUUCAUUACAAGCAGGCAAGCUAGAAAGGCCAGCACAUUAUCUGACAAUAACCCUGCUUACUGCUUCUUGCUUUAUUUUUACUUUACUUUUAAGAGAAUUUGAAAGUCAUGUGAUUAUUUUGUUCUUACAUUUCAAUGUUAACAAAAGUAUGUUAUUAUCAGGCAAAAAGUAAAGACAAUCAGUACAUAUAAAUGGAUGCUGUGUAAGUUUGAAACUAUUAUAAAGGGGAAGCUAAUUAGCCAUUUUAUUGAGCACUGCAACUUCCUGUCUUAAUUAUGCAAUAAUUAACUCAUCAGCGGAUUAUUUUCCUGUUUGUCUGUUUGUUUUGUAAAAACUGAAAUUAUUGAGAAAUAACAAUUACCCAAUUACCCAAAACCCAAUCAAUAGUACAAACCUCAACAUCAUUAAAAAUAAAAUGACUGCAACUACGAAUGUAAAGAAUUACACAAAAAGACAUUGAAAUCACCCAGAUUUGUUUGUUUUUGACAUCCUUCUCUCUAGAGUAUUUGAUGCCAGGAAAACAGUUGUUUGUACGAACAGAUAAAAUGAUGUUUACUGCCACGCCGCAUGUCAUGUAUGUUCAGAUUGUGUCGGUGACAAUUAAAGCUCCUUUUAACCAAA